CACACGGAAUAAAGCAGCAGCUGCAAAGCCGCAAUACGAAUUUAUUACAUUUUUUUUAUAAACUUGUUAGAGCCGAAAAACGUGUUAAUGCAACGGCAGAUAUAUAGCAGUGCACUCGUGUCGUCCUUGCCCUCUACUCUGCUGCUGCGGUCGCCGUUGGUGCUGUUUUUGUUUCCCCCUAUUUCCCCUCUCGACUGUGGUGCUAAUGUGUUAAUAUUCUUCUUGUUUUUUUUUUUUUUUGUUGCGGGAAUUGUGCUUGUGUGCUGUGUGUGCGCAUAUCCAUGUUAUAUGUGAAAGAAGACGGGUGAAACAAAAAGGCAAAGAGCAUUCGUAUGCAGGAAUUGUCUUCAUCAGUCACCGAUACCAUUAGCCGUCGCUGCUCAGUCUGUGGACCCCGGUGUCGCAUUGCUGCGUCCGGUAUAAUUCAAUCAAGCGUCAAGAAAUAAAGCACUAUAUUUUCAAAAGCUCUGAAACAUUCUACCAAUCCCGUAUUGCCCCUUCCUAACAUUCACUCGCCUACCGUUGUGUGCCGUGAUUUUGUGUCAGCCGUAAGAGAGGGUCACCACAAGAAAGCGACAUACACGCACGGUACACGGAAAGUGCAGCCAAAAGCCCAGAAGAGCACGUGAGUGCGUGGGGGCGUGUGAGCGUAGGAUACGCAGAAAUCAGUGCCGCUGCAUGAGAGCGGGACACCCAGAGAGUGGUGGUGCAUUGCUUAAGAUCGGCGGGAGUCUGAGAGAUACUGCAGGGCGUGCGUGCGUGAGGAACCGGGUGCAAUCAAAUCCUCACGCACAUAUGCUGGCCCUAGCCAGACCCAGACAGCCGCCGCCGCCACCGCCACUGAAAGCCAAUCCCAGUCAACGUCCAGCAUCCGCGUCCACGGUACUGAAAACAGUACGAAAUGCAUAUUCAGCUCCUCUGCUGAAUCCCCAACGGAAACCGAAUCUCGUUAAAGACGCCUCUAUACUAUCCGCAACCGCAAUGCUCGCGUCGACGUCAAACGGUUCCGCUGUCACUGCCGCAGCCGCCACCAGCUCAAUGGAUGCCUGCAACGAGCGAACGCUGCUGCUGAGCGGGACACCAAAGGAGGAUGUCGGUGCUCCUGCUCCUUCUCCGCCCACAACGCUGCCACUUGUUCAUACAACCACCACGACGUCGACACAUCCGUCCCAGCAGCGGCAGAACAUUAACAACAACAAUACAAGAAGCGAAGCCAGCGCGAGCAGCUGUGCCGUUAACGCCAACGCCAGCAGCAACAACAACAACGAGAACAAUACGAUAUCUGCGGACGGUGAUGCUGACGGUGACGUCAAAGCCGGCGCUGGCGAUGAUCUGUCCAGCGAUUUCAGCGACAGAUUUCCACGCCCACCCGCAACAUCCGCCUCCGCCACCGGCAACCCGAAGAAACCCGGAAAACUGAGCAAAUUGGGAACCAAAAGCGUUGGCCUCAAGCGAGUUUCCUUUGGCUCUUCCAAGGGAUCCAUGGUGGAGACAUUGGUCUUUGAGACGCCCACGCCGCUGUCGGAGCACGUGGAGGCGACCUUUGGCUUUGAGGCGGCGACCUCCGCGGCAGAUGGCGUUGCUUUGGCCGCGGGUCAGCCGCAGCAGGCGUCGCAGUUGCAUUCACAGUCGCAGCCUCCGGUAGCCGGACACGGUGACUAUGCAAAACUGAAUAUGGACGACAGCGGCAUUGAAGUUCAAGAAGAAUCGGAGCGUUCAAUUGUGCGCGUUUCCAUAUACCAAAGCAGUCAGCCGCAGCAAAUCUGUCCACCAGCGGAGUAUAUCCUGGGGCCCUAUUCAGACGGCCUGGAUCUAACGAUCGGUAGCUAUACAAUCGACCCAACCACAAUGAGCACGACAGCGGCGACGAUGCAACAGCAUCAACAGAUUGGCCUUGGGGCGGCCUAUGAUCGUCAGCAGAGCACUGAUUCUGGCUGGGAUAAUCCCUUUCGUCCUGGAGGCGAUCUGUCGAGAGAGGCUGAUGAAAUUGUCAACAUGAUUCGCGGUGGGAAGCCUAUCACACCCACAGAAGAUCGUACAAUGGGAAAUGGCAGCGCACAGCAUGCCGAUGACAACUUCAAUGGUGGAACAGCAGUCGACGAAAGCGUGACCAGAACCAAUCUCUCGCAGAAUCAAGCAACAGCACAAAAUGGUACAAAUUCCCACGCCAGCAAGUCGGCGGCAAUGGGCAAUGCAACUGCUAGCGGCGGUGGAGGCGUUGGACGUCCCGAGGGCCAGAGCAACAGCAGCACCAACGGCGUCACUGCUCUGGGCCAGGUGUCGAAGCAGGUGGUGCCGGGACCAACGUCGGCUAGUCAUGUCGUCAUCGAUGAGAAGAAGGGCAAGAAGAAGGGCUGCUGUGUUGUCCAAUAAUCAUAGACAUAGCUGGCAUACGUCAUGGGCCGAUGGUGGGGUGGUACAGUAGGGAGAGGCGGGUUUAUGUUUUGGAUGUUAAUAUUUUUUCGAUGUGAGCACGAACCCGAGCCUGAGAGCUGACGUUGAUGUUGAUAUUGAUGUUUAUAUCAUGCCGCGUAAAUAGUUUUGCUUUGGUUUGCGAAUAUCAAAACGAAAAAAAAAAUAACAUAAAACAAAAGGAAAAAAAGAAGAAAAGAAAAAAGAAAAAAAAAUCAAAGCUUUCUGAACAGACCAGCAGAAUGUGCAAUAACGAGAGGAUCAGCCGCAACAGAAACAACAAAAGUAAAAAAAAGAAAAGAAAAGGAAGCAGAAGCAGCAACGCUAGAACGAGACAAAAAGAACAGCGCUAAAGCGAAAGGAACAAGAAAUGGAAUAGCAUCAAGAGCAGAAGCAAGAAGAAAAUGGACCAGCAACAGUAGCUUCAGAAGCAAUAGAAUAAUAAUGAGUGCUUAUGCCACCAGCAGUAGCAACAGAAGCAAUAGAAGCACCAAAAUAACGAGUGGAAAGAAGUAAGAACAACGACCACCAAAAAGCUGCACUCAGAGUCAGCCUUUACCCGUGGGGCACUGACACUUGCAAUCGGUGUCGCUUCGACACAAUCCAUAAGCAAUUCCUGUUCUUAAAUCCUGUAAGCAGUCGCUGAACGCAGUCCUUAACGCUUGAAGCAAUCGCUGUCCUUAGUAAACCUGAAGCAGUCGCUGUCCCCGCCGGACCCCAGAGGGACAGUCGCUUUAAUCUCUAAUAUGAAACAGAGUUACCGUAAAUACGAAUUGUAGAUCUAAAAUAUAUAUAAUUAUACAACCUAUAUUUAUAUAUAUAUGUAUACUUGUUAGGCCGGAGUCCGUUGCUAAUUACUGAUUGUAGACAACAAUGAGUCAAAAUGGACCUACAAUUCAAUGGAAUUAUCUAUACAUCAAUUUAUCCUUGUUGUGUGACCUUGUGACAUAUAUGUGCAUAUAUGUAUAUUCAAUGAAAUAUAUCUGUAUAUGUAUAUUAAUAUGUAUACAUACUUGGAAUUUUUUGUAUAAUUGUAAAAUCUAUUGCGGCUUUUUAAACAGGAUGACAUUUAAAGAGUAAAAACCGAUGGAAGAAGAUGAAGAAAAAUAACAAAAAAAGAACGUUGUGCUUGCAUGCAUAGUGGUCAAAACAGAAAAAAACACAUAAAAAGCAAGACAAAAAAAAUCUAACAUAAAGAAUAAUGUAUUUAUUUUUAUUUAUAUAAUGACGAUGAUGAUGAUGUUAAGGAGAGUAAAUUAAAUGUUAUACCUUAAAACAAAUAUACACACACACACAUGCAUACACUUAUACACAAACAGUUAUAUACAAAAACAUACAUACAUACAUGCAAUAUUUAUAUACAAAAUGAAAUGUAUGCUGCAUAAAGCAGACGAGAAGUGGAGCCCCCAACAGAUGACAAAACAAAAACCAAAUUCCAAAACUAUACAGUUAUUUUUGACCAAUUCUAUACAUAUACCAUAUACAUAUGCUAUGCAUGUGCCCCACCCACAUACCAUACAGAGGUUUGCAAAAGCCUAUGCCCCAUACUCUAAGGGUGUAGCUUGUGUGGCCAACUGUGGCGGGUCCAGAGCGAGAGAAGCCACAGCUGAUCAAA